AUGAGCCACGCCGACCCUACAAGCGCUGCGGCGCAUCCCGAGGACCGGGAAAAGGGCGUCACUGAUGCUCCUCCUGCAUUUUCUCCUGCGACAAAAAAUGAAGACGCUGUUCUCGCUCAUGAGGAUGCGGAACUCAUCGACUACAAGACAUUGACGUGGUGGCAAGGCGGCAUUGUCCUCAUCGCCGAAACCGUCUCCCUCGGCAUUCUUUCUCUUCCCUCAGUCCUGGCCGCCGUCGGUCUCGUCCCCGGUAUCAUCCUGAUUCUGGUCAUGGGCUUCCUCUCAACAUACUCAGGUCUCGUGCUGGCUGAGUUCCGCGCCGAGUACCCCUUCGUGCAAAACUUUGGUGACGCCGUCGAAGUCAUCGGAAAGUCCAUCGGAAUGGGCCGUGUCUUCCAGGAGGUCUUUGGUUGGGCACAGGUCAUUUUCCAGGUUUUUGUCAUGGGCAGCCAUCUUCUGACGUGGACUAUCUGCAUCAACACCCUCACUGGCGGAUCUACUUGCACCAUCGUUUGGGCCGUGGUUGGAUUAGCCAUCUUCUGGGUUCUCAACCUGCCCCGAACCCUCAAGUACACCAGCUACAUGUCCAUGGCGUCUUGCAUUUCCAUCACUGUUGCUGUUCUCAUCACCGUCGGCGACGUCGCCCACGAGCGACCCAUUGGCAGUGCCAGUAUCGAGAUUGCCCGUGAGCUUGGAUUCACUGGCGCAUUCCUGGCUGUCACCAACAUUGCCAUCUCAUUCUCCAGCCACUCUUGCUUCUUCAGCGUCAUCUCCGAGUUCAAGAAGCCCGAGGACUGGCCCAAGGCCCUGGCUUUCCUCCAGAUCGUCGACACCGUCCUCUACAUCCUCGCCGCCGUUGUCAUCUACGUCUUUGUCGGCCCCGAUGUUCCCUCGCCUGCUCUUUCUGCUGCUGGUUCUCCCUUGAUGCGCAAGAUCAUCUGGGGAAUUGCCAUCCCCACGAUUGUCAUUGCUGGUGUUAUCUACGGCCAUGUCGCCUCAUCCUAUAUCUUCCAGCGCAUCUUCCGUAACACCAAGCACAUGGUCCGCCGAACCAAGCUAUCCACCUUUGUCUGGUUCGCCGUCACCUUUGGCACCUGGGCGCUCUCCAUGGUUAUCGCCGAGUCCAUCCCCGUUUUCAACAACCUCCUGGGUCUAAUCUGUGCCCUCUUCGCUUCCUGGUUUUCUUACGGCCUUCCUGGUAUCUUCUGGCUCUGGAUGCAUUACGGAAACUGGUUCAAGGAUGGAAAGCAGACUUGCCGCUUCGUCGCCAAUGUAAUUCUCUUCCUUACCGGAUUUUUAAUCUGCGUCCUUGGACUGUGGGCUUCCAUUGAGGCUAUUGCUCAGGGAGGAAGCAAACAGCCUUGGUCUUGUGCAAGCAACGCUGCGGAAUAG